AUAUAAACUAAUAAAUAAUUUUAUAGUUUUAAAAUGAAAUAAAAAAUACAAAUAUACGUCUAUAUACUUAAGUAAAUGACUUCAAAGUUACUCGACGUUAAAGAAGUUUAAUAUUUUAUAAUAAUACGUUCAAUGAUACAAGAGGAAACGUAUGCAUAUUUAUUGCAUCCAGAAAUUUGCCAAUAUUUGAGCGGAAGUAUAAAUUGUCAAAAUAUAAAACGUAAUGGAUCUUUGUUACUCGUUAAAAUUGUUGACGCAGUUAAAGAUACGUUAGAGUACAAGUUAGGUCACGAUAUUGAUAAUUUUCGCAAGACCACUCUACUUGUGUGGUCGCACCUCUAUCAUGAAAGAUUCGAUAGCUUUUUUAAAUUUUCUAAUUGCGUAAUAUACUUGUACAUUGGUUCAUUACAUUAAAGAUAUAAUUAUUGUAUCGUUAAUGGAUAUGAUUAUUAUUAUUAUUUAUUUAUUAUUAUUAUUAUUAUUAUUAUUUGCAGCUAUACUCUCCGUAUAUCGUUCAUGCACCGUACAUACAAAGUUUUAUAAAAGGUCAUAACAUGUAGUAAACGAUAACAUUAAAGCCUCGUGGUGGUGGUUGAUCAACACCGUCGUCAACAAAGAUCUCGAAGGCCAGCGAUAUUUCGUUCUGGUUACAGACGUGGAUAACAAAGUUUUUCUGUUUAUCUCUUGAACUCGCCUCGUCAUAACUCCUCGUCGGUCAAGUGAAUAAAUUUAUAAAUUAUACUAGAAGUUCGUACGUGCGUUAGUACUCUCUCGUCUCUCGGGGAGAAUUCAUCACGUUGAAAAUAGUUAACUUUUGUCUCGUCGUUACUUUUAGUGUCGAUUAAACAUAUUAAAAACGGCUUAUUAUAGAAGCUCAUUAAAUCCGUUAUAUCGUACAUUAUACGAUUAUUUUUUACCAGUCGAUGAUCAAAUCAAAGCAAUCUGAUUGUGGCUAUAUGAGUUUUAUAAUUGUUGAGAAGUAUCCAAAUCAAGAAUUGGUGGAAGUGCUCGAAAAUCAAGCUUCUAGUAGACCAAACAAAAUUAGUGAAUACAUACAUACAACGUUUUUGAAUAAUCUAUUUAAAGAAUUGCUUUUUGAAAGUUGUACAGAUUGUAGAAAAAUGGCUGCAGUACCACAAGCAGCGUUUGCAGCGAGCAAAGUCCGAUGUAAUGAGAAACACGAUAAUAGUCUGAUAUCACUGAUAGAAGGAAAAGAAAAAGCAAGCAAAGAAAACACAUAUAAUGGUAGAUUCUACCUAGAAGGUUGGGAACUCACGCCCUUGAAAUAUAACAGCAAACUGAUGAACAGCAUUUGGGGUUUAUAUAACCGUUAUUCUGUACAUAAUUUCAAGAAAAAUACCGAUGCCAAUGAAGGGUUCUUAGCGACUGUAUGGCAGACGGUUUAUUCAAAUCCUUCCGUUAUGUCUGCUUCAGUCGUUUCAGCUUCGACUACUAUGGAAACUCCUCGUAUCUUAGGUACUAGAAAUGGUAUCUAAUGGAGAGAAUAUUUCCAAUAUGAUAGUUUGAGCGUCGCACUUACUAUGAAUAUAUCAUCGGCAGUCAAUAAAACAGCGUACCAGUUAAUUUCAUGCCAGUAGAAGCAUACUUAAAUUAACUCUUUCUAUUAAUCUUAUUCUAUCAUAUAGGAAAAAGUAUGAUUGUUUUUAAAAACGUUCAUAUAUAUUUGAAAUGUAACAAUUAAUCGAAAAAUUAAUGUUUUUCGAAAUAUAAAAAUCGAACUACAUAAUUUCGAAGCUGUAGACAACAAGCCAAUACGAGCCAUGCGAAUUUUCAAUUUACGGGAAUAGUGUUUUUUUACUACUCGUAAUAGUUACUAGGAUAACGAAUGAAAAUCAUGCUUUUUCGAAUAGUCGAAACAAUCGCUUGUUUGAUCGUAAGCGGUGAUGUUUUGUAUUUUGAUAUAUAAAUAUAUAUGUAUACAAAUUUUCGAUUCAUAUUUUCCUAUAUGUUAAGAUAAUUUACGAAAAUUUCUUACUACAGUGUAAAGUCAACUGGUUCGUCAACUGGGUUAGGAAAAGUAAAUAAACUGUUAUUUGCCAUGAA